AUGAACCUCUGUCUCCUGAAGAUCUGUCCACUGAACCUCUGUCUCCUGAAGAUCUGUCCUCUGAAGAUCUGUCCACUGAAGAUCUGUCUACUGAAGAUCUGUCUCCUGAACCUCUGUCUCCUGAACCUCUGUCUCCUGAAGAUCUGUCCUCUGAAGAUCUGUCCACUGAAGAUCUGUCUACUGAAGAUCUGUCUCCUGAACCUCUGUCUCCUGAACCUCUGUCUCCUGAAGAUCUGUCCUCUGAAGAUCUGUCCACUGAAGAUCUGUCUACUGAAGAUCUGCCUCCUGAACCUCUGUCUCCUGAACCUCUGUCUCCUGAAGAUCUGCCUCCUGAACCUCUGCCUCCUGAAGAUCUGUCCACUGAACCUCUGUCUCCUGAAGAUCUGUCCUCUGAAGAUCUGUCUACUGAAGAUCUGUCCUCUGAAGAUCUGUCUACUGAAGAUCUGUCUCCCGAACCUCUGUCUCCUGAACCUCUGUCUCCUGAUGAUCUGUCCACUGAAGAUCUGUCUACUGAAGAUCUAUCCUCUGUAG